AUGGGGGUGAUGGUGGCCAAAGCAAGACAUCAAGCCAAGCGCCUGCGAUGUUGGGCCUUCCCUGCCCAUGGCAAGGGUGGUCAUAGAUGCCCAAGGCUCCCGAAAUCCGCAGCUCUUCUAUUGUCACUGAGCCUGGGCCUUCUCCUUGUCUCAUUAUGUUACCUGAAUCAGAGGUUGAGCCACGUGGACGUGAACUAUGCUCCCAGUCGGUGGAUCGCGCCUGAUUUGCGUACCCAACGGAACUCGCUCAUUGACCUUCUCAGGGAGGUUGAUUUACUUUUCACCGCCUUGAACGUUGAAUACUUCGUUUUUGCCGGCACGGCGCUUGGAGUUGAGCGUGAGCAUGACAUUAUCCAACAUGACACCGAUGUGGAUGUGGCGAUUUUCAAGGACCAGCUGCAUCUUCUUCAGCAGACCAGGAUCCUUCCUUCCGCGCCAGAGCGCUUCGCCCUGCAGAUCUGGGGCAACCACCAAAACGAAGGUCAUUUACGAGACGAGGCCAUUGCCCUUCGCUUGAUCGACAAGCAGACAGGACUCUACGCGGAUGUCUUCUUGAUGGACCGCUCCAAUCCCAGCCGCGUGAAGAGUGCUGCGACCAGCCUCGCGCUACAAGGCUGCUACGCCUGCCCGAAGUCCAAGCGGAAGCGAAAACAGCGCUGGUUCAACAUCUCCACUUCCAUCAUUCUCCCCCUGCGUCGCUGCCCGACCCGCCUGAACAUCACUGUCUCAUGUGUCGCCCAACCAGAAGAACUGUUGCUGUACUUCUAUGGGCCGGACUGGCGCAUCCCCAAGAAGUGA